AUGAAGAAUCAAAAUACACUUUUUAUUCAAGAUCUAUACUCAUCCUCUAUAGAUGCACCUAACAUUGUCUGGGUUCCUUACUACCAGAAUCCUGUAACUCUGGAAAUGACGCCAGUUUUUCCACUUGAGUCGAUCACUCAUGAAGCAAAAUUGAAAGAACAGCCUCCAAAAUCUAAUCGUGGAGCAAGAAGCUUACAAUGGACAGAGCCAGAAGAUGAAAUACUUUAUAAUUCUAUGGUUAAGAAUGGAGUUAAAUCAUGGGCUCAAAUAGCAAAUCUCAUUAAUAAGCAGGUCUAUAACGGCGAGGAAAUACGCCAUGGAAAGCAUUGCCGUGAAAGAUGGUUCAACCACGUGAACCCAGAUAUUAAGAGUAAAAUUUACUUACUCCCCCUUCAAUGAGCGAAUAAAUCAUUGGAAAAAUCCCUAUUUUUUAGAUAAAAAAAUAUCUGUGAGCAAACAAACAUUUUUUAUGAAAAAUAUUUGAUAUAUAAGUGAUAAGCAGUACAAUGAAAUUAUUAGCUAAUUCUGUUGAAAUUAGAAUAGCUUGCUUCUAAACAUAAAUUUUACAAUUUAUAUUAAUUUUGGUGAUUAAAUUUUGAAAAAUAAACUUAAUAUAAAAUUUAUAUAAAUUUUUAAAAAAAUAACUUUUUACGUGAGCAAUAAAAUAAAUUUGCCCACUUAUGGAAGAAAGGAUUUAGAGACUGAAUGAAGUCACGAAGAAGACUUAGAACUUGUUAAGCUCUUCAUAAAGCACGGCAAAUGCUGGAGCUCAAUUUCUAAAAAUUUGAAAGGAAGGACCGAAAAUUUUGUUAAAAACAGGUUUAAUAGCCUUUGUAGAAAGGCUAAAAGGGCUAAUAAAAGUCUUUCUGAAUUUUUCAAUGUCUCUCUAAGUGACGAGUAG